CAGGACCCCAGGUCUAGAGUCCAAAUCCCUCUCGCUCGCUACAUUCUCGACUUGUGGCCCGGCUGCUACGCCUCUCGUUGCCUUCUUACUCCCCUUCCUCCCCUUCCUCCCCUCCCUCUCACAUCUUCUCGUCCUCUCUCUGCUUGCCAACACGGCCUGGUCCCAUCUCUGUGUCCUGGCAAAUGCUGCUUCAACCAUCGUCGGCAUCCAAUCUCCCCUGACAUCUCCUGUCCUCUCCAUCGUCCGUCCCGCCACAGACCACCCGCAACAGACCACCCGCAACUUCAGCCGAAUCACCGGAGGGAACGACCCCUACUUCAUCUGCGCCACAAUCGCGCGCAUCGCCUGCAGUACAUCAUCUCACAUCUCCCCGCACUUCAUUCGACGUUAUAUCGCCCGCCGACGGUCCAAUUGCCCAUCGCAUGGUAGUCUUCGCUCUCUCUGCCCGGCUGCCGUGAGCUUGUCUCGCGCAGAUACCACCUGACAAGACUCGAUCCUGGCCUCCGUUCCCAAUCGCCUCUGACGGGAGUCGCCAGCAUGGCGGGCUUCUUUAACAAACUCAAGAGUGCGGGAAAUACCACCUCGAGCCCCACGAGCAAAGAUGCGCCGAGCAAGAAGGUCAAGGAGGAGCCGGCGCCAGAGCUUACUCCCCUGGAGAAGAUGCUGCAGAAUGCCGGGCCCUUGAGAGAAGAUGGCACCGACAAGUUCUUCGGUCUUGAGAAUUUUGGCAAUACAUGCUACUGCAACUCGAUCGUCCAGGCACUGUUCUACUCAGAAUCCUUCCGUGAUCAUGUUAUCAAGUACCCGCUGCUGUCACCUUCCGAUACCCCGAACGGAACACGACCGAAAGUUAACGUGACGAUCCGGCCGCCCGUCGCGAAAGACCCCCCGAAUACGCCAGGAGCGAAGCAAAAGGGCCUCAGUGCCUCAGAAUCGAUGAAGCGCAGGCAGGCUAUGACUGCGGGAAUGCCCCCUCCUGGCGCGCCAGGCAUUCGCCCUGAGGACAAGCCCGACUCACCGGAAUACAAGAAGAAACAUGCCAUGAUCAAGGGCCCGAUUCUCGAGUUGGCGCAAGAGAACCCGUCUGCGUACGGCAUGGAGGAGUGCACCUUCACCGGGCUCAAGGAUAUUUUCCAGGCCCUGAUCGAGAGCAACACCAGGACGGGUGUCCUUAGCCCACAACGGUUCCUAGAAAUCUUUAAGCGAGACAACGAGAUGUUCCGAAACUCGAUGCACCAGGAUGCUCACGAAUUCUACGGCCUCGUCCUCAACGAUGUCAUCUCCAACGUCGAGGCAAAUGCCAAACGCGCCCAGGAGCGGGAAGCUGAGAACAGAGAUGGCCUGGUUCAGUCGGUGGAAAAUGCUCUCGGUGCCGCGAACCUAAUGAACCGGCCAGCGAAUGGAAUGGGUUCGCCAGGAACUGGCUGGGUCCAUGACAUCUUUGAGGGUGUUUUGACUUCAGAAACGAAGUGCCUCACCUGCGAAACGGCUUCGCAAAGAGAUGAAACGUUCCUGGACUUGUCCAUCGACUUGGAAGAACACUCAUCGGUAACAUCUUGCCUCCGCAAGUUUUCGGCUGAAGAGAUGUUGUGCGAGCGCAACAAGUUUCAUUGCGAUCACUGCGGUGGACUUCAAGAGGCUGAAAAGCGAAUGAAGAUCAAGCGGUUACCAAAGGUUCUCGCGCUGCACCUAAAGCGCUUCAAGUAUACCGAGGAUUACAGUCGGUUGCAGAAGCUCUUUCACCGCGUCGUAUAUCCGUAUCAUCUACGCAUGUUCAACACCACCGACGACGCAGAAGACCCUGACCGCCUGUAUGAGUUGUACGCCGUCGUCGUUCACAUUGGUGGAAACGCCUACCACGGACACUACGUCUCGGUCAUCAAAACUAAAGACAGGGGCUGGGUUCUCUUCGACGAUGAGAUGGUGGAGCCGGUUGACAAGCACUUUGUCCGAAACUUCUUCGGCGACAAGCCUGGCAUGGCUUGUGCCUACGUCUUGUUCUACCAAGAAACCACCUUCGAAAAGGUACAGGCUGAGAUGGAGGCUGAGGGUCUAGAGGAGGUAAAGAUUGCCAGCGAAGCCGCCAACGUCGCCCAUGAGAACGGACAGCCAAACGGCACAAACGGCACAACUCCCCUUUCGAAACAAUCUACGCAACCCAUUAGUCCGAUCGAGGAACGCGAGUCGCUCCCGAAUCUCGCGCACGCGCAGACAGCUCCCGUCAAGGUGGACGCUCCACCCCCAGAGAAGCUUCCACCGACGCUCGAGACGGCCGCUACUCCUACGGCUUCUACGAUCCCCACCAACAUCAUCAGAUCCAACACAGCGGCGAAGACGGACAAGUCGAAGGACGACAAGAAGCGCGAGAAGAAGGAGCAGGAGGCCGCGGAGAAGGCGCGGAAGCAAGCCGAGAAAGACAAGGCGAAGCAGGAAGAGAAACAACAGAGAGAGAACAUGGCUAGGAGAAGGGAUGCCUACCAGCGAGAGCAAGAAGAGUUGCGCAAAGCAAUCGAAGCCAGCAAGAAAUCUGCGCAAGACGACACCAAGAAGAAGGAUUCGUCCAGCUCAGGUGGGUUCCUCAACCGGUCCAGCCGGGCCAGCAAAUCGAUGAGUAAGAAGAGUUUCGGAUUCCUGAGCAAGGACAAGGACAAGGAUAAGGGCGAAUCGCAUCAACCGUCGGAGAACGGUCACAACGGCUCCGAAGGAUCAACAAGCCAGCCAGACAAAACCAAGGAGUUAAAGGAGCGAUUCAGUUUCAAUCUUGGCAGGAAGAAGAGCGGCAACUUGCUCUCAUGAAGCAGCGCACGGCGUCGUCAUGAUUCAUUGAGGAUGGAAUUUGGUUUCGGUAUACCGCAGUAUAUACAUUAAAAAAAAAGUAGGAGUCGGGAGGGAGUUCUGUCCGAUGGACAUGGCAUAUGACCGACACUGGCACGGUUUGUUGUCUUCAGGGACAUGAGGAACUUCCAAUUGGCGGAGAGACGACUCUUGACGCAAGCAGAUACCCGAGCAUGGUGCGGUUUGCUUGGAUAAUAGCUUUCACUUAAUGAUGGCAAGAAGGACACGUGU